AUGGCACCACAGCCUCUCGUAAAUCGUGUUGGUACACUUGUCAAGCACCCUCAAUUCACUUGGUGGUGCGGUCAUUGUAUCGUAUUUUUUUGUUCUAUAAUCCAAACUUAUUAUUGGAUCACUUUUCGCGCUGUUGACGGAGCAAGUUAUUAUUACACGGCCUAUUUAGGAGCAAUGUUGAGUUAUGGGGUCGUGAUCUAUAAAUCAUUUGGAACACCAGCACCAACUUGGGAAUACUUUCAAAAGAUUAAUCGAGACGAAAAUGUGUUUUAUCUUGUGCUGGCAUGUGUAUGGUUUAUGAAUGCGCCAGUAUUCGCAAAUAUCCUUCCAACAUUUUUUCCAUCGACAGUUUUUGGCCCCUCUUCUUCACAUUCAUCAUCAGCUUCUCCUUAUGAACAAUAUGCAGCAAAUACUUCGAGAUUCAUUCAAAGUUGGGUUCAUAAAAAUUACGAUAAGGCAAUGAGGACUGUUAGUUUCGUUGAAGUUGUUGUGAUUACUAAUGUACUAAUUUGGAAUGUUUUAACAUUUUUCACAUUAUUUGUGUAUUUCAUAUUCCUUCGCAUGCGUUAUCAUAUGAAUACAUACACACAGCAAGCAUUUUCGGAUGUAGCUCGAUUUUUGGAUGGGAUGCUAUUGCCUUCAGCGAAUAAUAAUAUUCAUCCUUUCGUUUCAAAUUUGUAUCGACAGGCCAAAUCUGCAGUUAUUUGGGCUGGUCGUUUUCAACCACAAUCUGGCCGUUUUAAUUCACAAUCUACAAACCCACAAUCUAGCCGUUUUCAGUCGCAAGCUGGAAGUACGCGCUCUGAAAAUGUACGUGGCGGAAGCACACAGCCAUGA